AUGGUGGCUUUAUCCAGAAUCAGUGUCGCCUUGCUGAUCUCCCUUUUAUCGAACCCACUUUGUCCAUCAGAUGGGAGCAGAUCAUCAACGGGUGAACCAAGGAGAGGUGGGAGAAACUUAACAGAAUGGAUAUUCAUGGAUGCUUCAGAAAAACCAUUAAAUUGUUACGAUAAUAAACAUAAGUUUAAUUAUGAGUAUAAGCAUAAACCUGAAAAUAUAAAUGUACGUGAAUAUAGAAAAAAACAAGUUUAUGAAAAUACAAUGAAUUAUAACUUGGCAAAUGCGUAUAGGAGAAAUAACAUGGGCUAUGGUAAUGUAUGUACAAACGAAUGUGGAAAAAUGCAAGCGUAUGAACAUAAUUAUAAGAAUGUACAUAAUGAAAAUAACAUGCAAAUAGAACAGUAUAAAAAAGAACGUGUAAAUUCGCCAUUAGAUGAAUAUGAUUCCUUAACUUGUCGUGAAAAUAGAAAAUUCCUCUCGAAAUUUAUGGUGAAUAAUAGAUUACCAUUUGGAUGUACUUUCUGGGAAGUAUCCCAGGUAUUAACAGAUAAACAAAUAUUAAAAAGAAUUACAUAUAUAGCACUUGAUAUAAGUUUAAAGAAAGCAUUUAUUGGAUAUUAUUAUCUUGUUGUAUAUCUAACUAGACGUUAUUAUAAUAUGAUUAAUAAAAUGAGUAUGUGGUUUAUUAAUGUUGCUAUAUCACGUAAUAUACCAAAGCAUGUUCGAGGGAUAUAUUGGCAAGAGGCUAGAAAAAAACUUUUACAAGAUUUAGAUAUAAUUGAAGAUAUGAGUAAACUUUAUUUUCAAUCUCUAAUACAUGGAAAUAGAAGAAUAUGGAUUGUGAAUUAUGAAUUAUUUUUGGAGCGCUGUAGAAAGUUAUGGAAACGAGCCAUAUCAAGUAACAGAUUAAAGUGGUCGCAAAAUUUAUCUAUGUGGAUAAUACAAUAUAAUCAGAGUAACGCUCUUGGAAGAGGCCGAGCCAUAAGAGAGAACGAACAAGGAGCCAUGAGACGAAAAGAACUCGACCAACGAAUGCACAACCGGGGAGUGCACAAUCGAGAAAUAUACAAUCAAGAAAUAUACAACCAAGGAGUAUACAACCAAGGAGUAUACAACCAGGGAGUGCACAACCAGGGAGUGCACAACCAGGGAGUGCACAACCAGGGAAUGCACAACCAGGGAAUGCACAACCAAGAAGUAUACAACGAAGAAGUAUACAACCAAAGAAUGCACAACCAAACAGCACAGCAACACGAAAGAGAGGAAAAUAAAGAAGAUGUUGAUCUUAUUCAAUGGUGA